UUUUUUAAAGAAUUCACAUAUGGUAACAAAAUCUAACAAAUUCAAGCAUAGAAUAGAAGUAGAAUUCUAUUUACUACAAAGACUAAAACGCGUGUCCAAUAAAUCACCGAUUCGAAUUCCCUUUUCCAAUUCUAUUACAAACCCUCCCCACUAUAUAUACGACCCACGCCCCCAUAAACAGAACCAUCACCCCCAAAAACAAAAUUCAAAAAGUAUAGCAAGCUAAUGGAUUCCUCUUCUUCUUCUUCUACCGAUAACGGCGGCAGCCACCACCACCCGCACGAACAGAAUCCACUCUGCGCCGCCGGCUGCGGCUUCUUCGGAACGGCGGAGAAUCGCGGCCUCUGCUCCAAGUGCUACUCCGACGAACUCAAAAGGAAGAUAGCGAAAUCAGAACCGGCCGCAAUAAUCGGCAAGGUCGAACAGCAAAACGAGAUCGACAGCAAUCCGUUGGAACUCGAAAUCGAAAAAUUGAUCGAUGCUUUGAAGGCAACAACGAUUCCAGAAAUCGACGGCGGCAAACCCUCGGUCUCCGCCCCUCCGCCUCCGGCCGUGAAGAACAGAUGCGAAUCGUGCAGGAAGAAAGUUGGAUUAUUAGGGUUUGCGUGCCGGUGUGGGGGUACGUUCUGUGGGGUCCACAGGUACCCGGAGGCACAUCCUUGCCGGUUUAAUUUCAAGGAAGCCGGAAAGAUUGCAAUCGAGAAGGAAAAUCCGGUUUGCAAAGCUGAUAAGAUCGGAGAUAGGAUUUGAUGAAUACUCGAUUUAUUUUUUCCUUUUGAUUUAGAAUUAUUUGAUUUCUUUUACCUGGUUUUAAUUUCUUCGUUCAUACUGUAUAUAUUGUUACUUUUAG